AUGAGCAGAAGUCGACCUGAAAACUUUCAGCAAAGGAAAAUGUUUGUCUACGCUGAGAAACUCCCUGAUCUGAGAUGGAAAAGAAUCACUAAGUCAUGGAUUGACAGCGCGCUCACGGGAGGAGUUACAUUGACCUACGAUGAAGAAAAUAAUGGGCUCACCAUUUCAGGACGAGUGACGUCAUCUGGCUGUGGAUCUGCACCACCGUCUGGGGCCUUGACUCUCAUUAAAGGAUGCUGGACAAUGAUAAAGUAUACCCAAGAAUUUCGCGGAAGAUCGUCAUGCUGGAGCAUUUUUGGCGAUGAAUGGUACGGUGGACUAUAUAUCUCCAACACGUCGACAGGAUUGUAUCCGUUCAAUGCAAAAGCAGGAGACGUCAUUACAGAUGAGUACCGCAUGGGUUUAAACUCACACGCAUUUGAUGGUAAAACUAGAAGAUGCGACAAAUUGGCAACAAAUUUCUGGAGAAGUCAAAAGGGCUUGCGGCGCGCAACGGUUGUUCUCAGAAGAAAACCGAUGGCAGAGAAGGCUGGAAUUUUCACUGGUACCUCGUGCGGGACACCAACAUACAAGAUCAGGGAUAUUUAUGUAUACUUUUAG